GGGACUAGACUGACAAGUAUUCAUUUACUUGGUGCCCUGCAUAAUGUGGACCGUGUGCACAGCAUUACGCGUUGUUGCUCGGUUCAGAUGGAGUCUCGCUGUUCUUUUACACGUUUCCAUGGCCCUUACAUUUAACAUUUCAAUUCAGCUUCCGAAUGGGACAGUCGAUAAAAGCCAGGAGGACAUGGACUGGGAUUCGCCGUUUCUGCAGCUGAGAGCCAGCCUGCCUGCCUACUCUCAGCCGAUCCGUCCGUUCAACCUGGUGACAAACACUGACGACCAUCGCUGCAACCCCAAACAAAGACAUCUGCGCCCUUCUCGUCUAUUUCACCUCUUGGGAUCCAACUUUGACCCGUUGUGGAUGGCUGUGGAUCGGCCUUCAGAAGCCGCCUCUGGAAGCGAGUCUUUCUCAGACUCUCAGCUCACCGCCUUGGCAAAAAAGCUAAGCCGUAGUUCUCCAAAGCUCAAAGAGGCUGAAGCAAUUCGUCUACAGAAACUGGAGAAAGAAGCUGCAGACCUGAACCUCAGUUCUCUUCCCUGUGGUAUUGCAGAAACAUUCAGAGGUUGGCUGGUGAACUCGGCAGCGUGUAAACUACACCACCGGUGGGUAGACCUGGGCCCGGCGUUCUGGCCACGCUGGCUGCGACACACUGACUGUGAAAGGCCGGAGAAGGAGAGAAGCUGCUCUUUUCCCAAAGGGAUGAAGUGUGUGCGAGCUCAGACGGCGCAAAUUAAGAUUCUGGCUUGGAACUGCCUGGAAAUUGGAGAUGGAUCCAAGAACCUUAAAGGAGAAAAGUGUGAACACACUGAGACUGAGACAAGCGGAGAAGUCAAAAGAUGCUUAUGGAGACAAGUGUCUCAUCCUGUGGUCACCUCAUGUAUCUGUUCGUGUAAAUAGAUGUUUUUUACUACUCCCCUGUUUACCGUUGUCUACAGAAAUGUCUUUUUUUACGUUUUAGUAGCGUUCGGUUGUUAAUAAAGCUCACCAACAAAAUGUAAUUAUGCUGCUUAAUGUCACUGCCUAAAUAAGGUCUUGUAAAUCUGCAUAUCUUUAAUGAUCACUGCUUUCAAACUUGGUGUUAUAAUAAAGAUUAUAAAUUAUCAUGAA